AUGGCUCUUCAUUCACGAUGGUCCGAACCAAUCCCAAAAUGCUCUCUGCAGCAGUGGGUGUUCGGCUCAAGCAAUGGACCAAUCGAAGAUGGCGAUAAGUCCAUCCUCAUUGACGCAGACCGCCCAGAUACACACUUCCUCACCAAGUCUCAAUUCCGAUUACUGUCCAAACAAGUUGCACUCGGUCUCAUCAAGAACGGCGUUCAACCACAAAGCAGAGUCCUUGUAUUUUCUGCAAACAAUGUCUACUUCCCAAGCGUAUUCCUCGGCAUUCUUAUGGCCGGCGGUAUCUUCACUGGCGCAAAUCCUUCCUUCACGCCACGAGAGCUUGCCUACCAGCUUAAGAACUCAGAGGCUACGCACAUGUUUGUUCAUGCAGGUCAGCUGCCUACUGCUUUGGAGGCAGCUGAGGAGGUUGGAUUGAGCAAGCAGAAUAUCUUUGUCCUUGACCCCUCUGUUCUCCCACCUGUUGGGCCUAACUCAGCUCUUCCGGCGGCUCGAGAGGAUGGUCUUCGCAUGUGGACAGAGUUAUUGGCAGACAACCACGAACAAGCGAAAUCUUGGCAAUGGAUUGAGCCGCAAGAUCCAGAGAACACGACCUGUUGUUUGAACUAUAGCAGCGGCACGACUGGAGUUCCUAAAGGUGUCGAGAUUACCCACUUCUCGUAUGUCGCUAACGGCGCUGGUGUUGUCAUGAUGUCAGACUUGGAGCCAGAUCCUGAACACCGAAAGAACGCAAAGGGCUUGGCCUUUCUUCCUAUGUACCAUGCGUACGCGCAAACCUAUUACAUUUCUAUUUACCCCAAGGUCAGCAUUCCUGCCUACAUCAUGCCCAGCUUCGACUUUGAAAAGAUGCUGCAGCACAUUCAACGUUUUCGCGUAACGAGCCUGCUAUGUGUCCCACCUAUUCUGGUAUAUCUGUCCAAGCAUCCGCUUGUUAAGAAGUACGAUCUCAGUAGUAUCAACCGUGUCAGCUCUGGUGCUGCGCCACUGAGUCACGAAGUCAUUCAUGGUGUUGAGAAGUUAUGGCCAUCGGGCGAUGUCACCGUCAAGCAAGGAUGGGGCAUGACCGAGGUGACAUGUACUUGCAUGACAUGGGAUCCUCGGUCAACUACAGACCCUGACAAGGUGGGAGAGCUGGCACCGAACUGCUCGGCCAAGAUCAUGGAAUUGGACGGAAAGACACAAGUUCUGAAGCCAAAUGAGCGCGGUGAGCUUUGGGUCACGGGACCAACAUUGAUGAAAGGAUAUUGGAAGAACCCCAGUGCCACAGAAUCUACUAUUGAUGUAGACGAAAAUGGCGUAAGGUGGUUGAAGACAGGAGACAUCGCAUAUGUUGAUGCAUUCAAACCAGGAGGCAUCUUCCAUAUCGUUGAUCGCAUCAAGGAACUCAUCAAGGUCAAGGGCAACCAGGUUGCACCCGCAGAAUUGGAGGCAGUGCUCUUGGAUCACCCUGAGAUAGCAGACGCCGCAGUUAUCGGUGUUCCAUUCGAAGGAGAUGAGGCUCCUCGUGCUUAUAUCGUCAAGGUUCCCGGAUCCCAGCUCACUGAGAAGCAAGUGGUAGACUGGAUGGAGGCUAGAGUGGCAAGGUAUAAGCGCCUCAAAGGUGGCGCUUCGUUUGUGGAUAUGAUCCCAAAGAACCCAUCCGGAAAGAUCCUUAGACGUGCGCUGCGGGACAAGGCGAAGGAGGAGAUGGAUGCCAACAAGCCACCUUCUGCACGCCUCUAG